AUGGUGGUCUUCGUCGACCUGGACCAGGACAUCCUUGACAAUGACAGAUCGGCAUUGUCCUUCCCCACGAAGGUGAACGUGGUGGCUCCCAUGGCGGACCAAGCCGACAUCCCAAUCUCCCCGGCCCCGUCCAUUUCCCCCCAUAACUCCGGGCACGAAGACGGCAUUUUUCCGGAUAAGACGCAAAAUCUCCCCGCGCAUCCCAACUCGAACGCGUUCUCGGCAGCAUUGAGUUGUUAUCCUAUCGUGAAAGAAAUCGCCCGCGCGGUUGAUCUCAAUACCCUCCAUGCCCUAUCUCGAACCUGUCGCCAGUUCCUCGUGAACCUGGCUCCGUUUCGCCAGCAGCUUGUUCGCGAGACCUUGCGCUGCGAAAAUGAGUACAUUGAGACGGUGACGGAGAUGCUGGACGGCGGUGCUGUCUUGCCCGACAGCGUCAAGUCUGUGCUGCGCCUUUUGAGUCAGGGUAGUGGUGACCCGAGGCGCAUGACCCGUGGUAAAGUGGGCAAAUGCGCGCGCGACAUGGUGGAACUGCACGAUCAAGCCGCCUUCCCAAACAGCUCUGAAGGGUCGCAUUCGCCGUCUGUGCCGAAUCUGCGGUACCGCACCCUCUCUCACCAUCUCUCCCUCACGCCUCCGACAGAGAAGGAGGAUAUUGAAAUCAUGGGGAUAUCAACCUUCGCGGGCAAAUACUGCACCUGCGAAGAAGCCGUCUGGCUGUGUAAUCAAUGCGGGCAGACCCUACGCAGCGGUGAUACAACCUAUCGACGCGUGUGGGCCUGGCGCACACGGUACAGUACCUACCUUGGUGGCGGACUGGGAACCGGCAUUGGCGAGGGUUGCCAGGGCGUCAAAUGUGGGAAGGGCGAGGCAUGUCUGGCGGCGCAAGAGAUCGAGCUCGAGGUCGACUGUGAGGCCGAUGAAGGCUCCGGCAGCGAUAUCAACAGCACAGGAAACAGUCCUCCCGCACAAUGGCAUCCAUUGAAUCACCACCAUGAUAUCCCAUCGACGGACAGCCACGAUGAUGAAGAACCGGGCUAUUUCCGGCAGGAGAUAAUUGGGUUAGGUGGCGUGGUUAAACAGAAGGCCAAGAAGCGGGUUAUGGUCGGCGCCUGCGUCGUGGAGUACGAAGAUGAGCGCGAAACGGGGCGCUAUCUCCUUCGCGAAGAGAGCGGGACGCAUCGCUCAUGGUGUGGUUGGUGUUCGCGGGUUAUUCCUGCGAAGAAAGAAGCUCCUUCUAUUUGA